AUGGAGAUCAAGGUUUAUAGUGACUAUCUGGACGAGCUUAGUCUGACUUCCAGAGCCAGCGUUACAACAGGGGGUGCAGGCACCGGUAUCGCUUGGUCAGGAAAUGCGCAAAAAGCCAUUGAUGGUAACAUUGACCUUUCAAAUUGGGCUGAAGCCCCGGCCACCAAUACAGCUGCGUGUACCACCCCUGAGUUGGCACCUUACAUUCAGGUUGAUUUUGGCAAACUGGCGAAGCUCAAAGCUGUUACUGUGUUCCACUACUAUGAUACAGGCUACAUGUACUGCGGCAACCGCAUUCAGAUAAGCAGCGACGGAUCUGACUGGACAACUGUGUAUGACACAGGAGGUUAUUUUGGUUACGUAGAGACAGCCUUGGGGAAGACGGUAGCUUUUGCAGAGCAAGAAGCUCGUUAUGUGAGGCACUUCCUGAGCAGGAACAAUUAUAACCACGGCAUUCAUUUUAUGGAUAUCCGGUUUUAUGGAAGUUACGGCACCAGUUCCAACUUGGUUGAUCCUCUUCUGGCAACAGUCACCCUCGACAGCAGCGCAGGCACAACAUGGACCCAGAGGCACCCUGAGGGUGUGAUUGAUGGAGCGUUUGCAGAAGCCAGCAGUCCUCGAGCGACUGCGCCCGCCUGCGAUUCAACUACAGCUACACCAUUCAUCGCCAUCGACCUUGGUCGCACUGCAGAGUUGAAGGGAGUAACCUUGUUCCACAAAUUGGGACGGAAAUAUUGUCAGCAGAAAGUGGAAGUCUCGAUGGAUGGUAUCAAUUGGACGACAAAGUAUGACACGAUAGAUUCUUUCGGUCCAAUUGAGACCGCUGAUGGUAACUUGAUCGUCUUUGAAACGUUCACUGGGCGCUUCGUCAAGCACUCUCUUGGAGCCAAUGAUGUUGAUACAAAUGCACAUUUUGUCGAAGUCAUGGUCCACGGACAAUAUGCUGAAACUGAGAACGUCCUGUCCAAGGGCGCCAUUGCUGUGAUGGGGGGCGGCCACGCCUGGACAGGUUCAUCUUCGAAAGCUGUUGAUGGCAGCACUAAGUGGACCAGUGGAUGCCCCUGGAUCGAUACUACUGAAACUACCUGUCGCAGCGAUGAUAGUCCUUACUUCAUUGACAUUGACUUGGGUGAAGAGAAAGUGAUUACAGGAGUUGUCCUGUACCAUUUCAACGAGGACAACAGGAAAUACUGCGGGCAGAAGGUUGAGGUGGGACGUGCAACUCAUCCCAUCUUAUGGCACACUGUGUACGACACUGGAGCUGAUUAUGGACCGCCUGAGUUGCCCUACGGAAAUGCCAUCACCUUUGAGCCAACCCGAGGGAGGUAUAUCCGGCACAGGAUGUGGAGAAGUGACAGAUCCUCCAAAGUCCACUUUGGUGAAAUUGUUGUCCUAGGAAACGAGAUUGAAAACAUGCUCCAAGUCUCUGUGAGUGACAAUGGAGAGCAUGUAUGGGCUAUACAAAACAAGAAGGUUUACUACAUGGACGGAGUCCUUGUUGAUGGGACUUGGGUUCCAGUUCCUGAUGCACCACCUGCUGGGCAUGUGGGGGUCAACAACAACAAUAAUGCAUACAUCUUGAACAUCGAGACACCUCAGCUCAUGUACAGCACAGGCAACCCAACUUCGACAAUCUGGACCACGGUCCCGGGCUCCGUGGUAGGAAGUGGUGGCAAAGACAUCACCGAGUUCUCCAUCAGCGGUAACAACAAGGUCUUUGCUCGAGAUGCCCACGUCACCAUGUCUUAUCCACCAUGGACCACACACAACGACGGCGACUUGAACUAUGGAAUGUCCGUGGCAACGAACAGUGAUGGCAGCGUCAAGGCAACGGUUCAUCCUCGUGGACACAUUCGCCUUUUUGGUGGUAUCAGUGUCGCCAGGAACGUCGACAAGCCAACGUCUGUGAUCCAGGUGAGCAAGCUGGCAACUGGAGCACAGCCCAGUCCAUGCAGAACCCUCUUCCAGAACAGAUCUGCAAUGGGCAACGACUACGAUUCUACGUUGUGCUAG